GACUCAGGCCACUGGGUCCCAGGAACCGAGUCACCUCGGUGUCAGGGGUUCUCUUAGGGUCUUAACUGCAUAUGUUUGCGUUAUAAACUCAGUCUUCUAGUAACAAACUAGAGAGAAACGUGGCUUCUUUCCGUGGCACAUUCGUGCCGUCUUGAUACAGGGAAGAUUCCUGGAAUACACGGGCCCUUGUCUUCCACCCUGCUUGUCUCCCCCCGGUAGGGCACCACUUCUCUGCCUCAACAUCUGCAGAGGAGCAGUUCUUAAAAUAGGUCGCCUUCCAGAAUAGGUACUCUUUUUCACUGGUGAAAUUUAGGCUCACAACAACAGCAGCAACUAACUGGUGGUGGUGGUGUUGGGUGCUGUUGAGUCGAUUUCUACUCACAGCAACCCCAGGUGACAGAGUAGAACUGCCCCGUAGGAUUUUCUUGGCUGUGAUCUUUAUGGAAGCAGAUUGCCAGGUCUUUCUUCCGCACAGCUGCUGGGGGGGUUCGAGCAGUCAACCUUUCGGUUAACAGCCAAGCAGGAGAAAAAUGGCGGAUAGGAAGGGACUUGUGAAGCUUGGAAAUUUUGAAAAUCCUUCCGACGUGAAGGAAAAUGGACUUCGUGGGCAUUUAAGGAAAUACAGUUAUAUUAUUUUUGUGCUGCGUUAAUAAAAAAGGAUCUCAGGAGGGAUGUUUUCGGUGGACCUUGAAUUCCUACUGGUGUGGGCCCGUGUGCAGCUGCAGAAAAAUCAGGCAGCACCGCCACAGGGAAGACCACCUUUAUUUGUACUCGUGGGGGUACUGCUUCUGCUGGACCAGGUGCCAGCAUUCUGCCCAGCUCCUCUGCCCCUGGGCUAAUCAGUUGCAUUAAAGGGUGUGAUUAGAAUGUCAAAUCAGAGUAGCAGCAAUUUGUGUAUAGAGAUGUGUCCAUAUGGAGAUUUUUAAUAUCAGAGAUAUAGGCUGCAUGUGUUAAACUCUAAGGAGGAAUUUCACGAAGAACUGAAAUUUUCUUUGAAUUGUAAAAUAAAGAGAUAGACUUUGUGAAUUACAAAGUACAUAGCUUAUGCAGGCCUGAGGACGGAGGAGGCCCUGUUUUUGUGCUAGCUCUGCAGUAAACGUAAGUUCUAAAUUUUGAAACACGUCACUUGACUCCUCUGAGGCUUAGCUUUUUCUGUGAAAUGCAAGGGUUUGGAACAGAUGGUCUUCCUCUAGGAAACGGAGGGUGGUGCUGCCUUUGCUCUGUGGCUCUCACUGGAGCUCCAUUGCCUCCAUCCCUCUUGGGGAUCAGAGCCCCAAGGGCAGUGAAAGCUGGCGGAAUGCGAAUUGUGCAGAAACACCCGCACACCGGUGACAGCAAAGACGAGAAGGACAAGGACGACCAGGAGUGGGAAAGCCCCAGCCCACCUAAGCCGACGGUGUUCAUCUCCGGAGUGAUGGCCCGGGGUGACAAGGACUUCCCCCCGGCGGCUGCUCAGGUAGCCCACCAGAAGCCACAUGCCUCCAUGGACAAGCAUCCCUCUCCGAGGACCCAGCACAUCCAGCAGCCUCGCAAGUGAGCGGCACCCGGGCACCCCACCUUCGAUGUUCACCCCACAUGACAAACUGGCAUAUCUUCCCCCAAAUGCCGCUCUCUUGGGAAAUCUAAGACAAAGCCAAGCUGUCCUUCCUUUGCCUUAUGUUUCCCUUAGCAGAUCCCAGAAAGGGAGCAGACCCAGAUCCUGUGUACAUAGGGCCCCGGUUGGGUGUGGCUCAAGGACUGUUGUUCCCCGGGUCUUCCUCCACAGUUUGGUCUGAACAAACCAGUUCCUGUUGAGUGGAUUCUGACUCGUGGAGACCCCAUGUGUGUCAGAGUAGAACUGUGCUACACAGUUUUCAGUGGCUGAUUUUUCAGAAGUAGAUUCCCAGGCCUUUCUUCCAAGGAGCCCCUGGGUGGGUUCGAACUGCCAGACUUUCAGUUAGCAGCCGAGCGCUUAACCAUUUGCGCCACCCAGGGGCUCCCACAGUUUGGCCUGGAGAUGCCAUUAUCAGAAUUUGCCAGCACCUGCGUAAAAAGUUUAGCUUUAGUCCUGUGUCAGCAGUCUCGUCCGUCCCUACUUUAAUCUGAAAAACAACGGGGCACACAUUUGGAAGGGUAGGGUUAAGCUCAGCCACUUCAAGCUUUUUAAAAAGAAGACAAUACAGUCUUAACGUCUUCAGAGAGGAAGAAGUGAGGGCGUUCAUUGCAGUUGCAGGUUUGGGGAGGCAGAGCAGGGAAGAUUUUUGGACCGAGCCACAGCAACACUGAAUCCCGAGGGGUGGCCGGACAGGGCGGCACCAAGCACAGGCAUGGCGGCCUUUCUCCUUGGAAGCAAAAGUGGCACUCGCCGCUCACACGUGAGGUCAGCCCAGGGGCGAUGUGCUGUGGCUUUGGGACGCCUCUUUGAUUCCAGGAGUCGCCUUGCUGAAAAAUUAGGAUGUGGACGGUUUGCUCAGAGGCAGUACUUCCGGAAUGAGCUCUCUCUGUGUGAGCAGCCCGUGUCCCAGACUGCCUCCCCACCCAAAGGGGCUGUGUUGGGAAGUUGGAGGCAAAUGUGUAGGUUUCCGUAGUCACCUCGAGAGCUGCUUCUGAGCUCUGAAAGUCCUCGCUGACCAGGGUGGUGGACUAAACGUGAGCUGCUUCUGGAGCACUGGAGCUGGAGAGCUGAAAGCACAUGAAGACCAGACAAAAACCCGCCCGGUUUAUUAGGAAGGCCCUUUUGUCGUCCUAACGAGUUGCCGUCGAGUCAACUCCAACUCCUGACAACCCCGUGUGUGUCAGAGUAGAGCUGUGCUCCACAGGGUUUUCAGUGGCUGGUUUUCCACAAGUAGAUCACCAGGCCUUUCUUCCGAGGUGCCUCUGGGUAGAUUCAAGCCUCCAGCCUUUUGGUUAGCAGUGAGGUGUGUUAACGGUAGCACCCAGGGACUCUGAGCCAGCCAGAAGAAUCCUAAAUACGCACAAUCAGUCCAGAUAUCCCAAAGUGCUGUUAACAUCUACAGUUGUGAGGAACAUAUUAAAAAUGGACCAACGUAUUCAGAUUUUCUUUUUGAUAAAAAGCAAGCUGCUGUCGAGUCAGCUGAGCUCACGGUGACCCCAUGUAUGUCAGUGUGGAACUGUGCUCCACAGGUUUUCACUGACUGGCUUUUCAGAAGUAGCUUGUCAGGACUUUCUUCCAGAGCACCUCUGGGUGGACCCGAACCCCCAGCCUUUUGGUUGACAGUCAAGCGCGUUAGCCAUUUGCACCACCGAGGGACGCCUUUGUUUGCCUGAGCAGCUAGAAACACCACAUUCCAGCUCAGCUAUAGACAUGUCGUCCAGCUGUGCCCAGAGUGCCCGGUGCCCUGAUGCACUUUUCCCUGUGGCCCUGUCCAUGUGGGCAGGUCGGAUCAUCCUAUGCCAUACUGCUCGUGUUUCCUACCCAGAGACACGCCAGCCUACUCCCUGGUGGUGGCUGGAGAGUGCCCUGCUGAAAACGGCUCCUUUACUCGGGUACUAAGACCUUCCAGAGCAGACUGCCCGCUCUCCAGCAGUUUCUCUGCUGCCGGUCAGCAGUGGCCCUGUGAGCAGCGGCCACACUCCAGCCUUCCCAGACGUUAUCACACCCACUGUGCCAGCUGGUAGAAGUAGACGCCGACCUGGGCAGACCCGCCUCUCUCCCUCUCCCCUCAGACAGGAGCACAGCGCUGCCUCCCAUUGUAAUGGUGGCACUUGGUUUCUCAUCUGAUUGACUUACUGGAAGCCAGUGUACAGCCCUCAAGCACAGUGGUGCCAUCUGUAUUUCCUAAUCAUGAAAUGUUGGUAUAAACUAGCAGCAGCUUUCGGUGAUCCCGACUGUCCCCGCCACUCUGUAUUCCGAAGCCAGAAUCCUGCAGGCAGCACUAGGUUGAUACCUCUGCUACAGAAAUUAAGAAGCAUCCUUGUACUUUUUCGUUUUGCAGCCACGUGGUUUCCAAAGGUGCACUUUUCAUGUGCUUUUAGCUGUAUCUGGUGUGUGUCUGUGGGCGCUUGAUCACUGAAUGCAAAAUGUUUCCUUUAAUGAGUUUAUCAAUUGUUAAUUCCAAGAACAACAAUGGCUAUAAUAAAGUUCCUGCAUUUCU